UUCGUCGAAUUUUAACUUUUUGGUGAUUUCCACACGUAGUAUUUCGUGAAGGUUUAGACCAAGUAAAUACUCAUUAGCUGUUACAUGUGAAUCAAUUCCAUAUUUUAGGAAUUAUUCAAAUUCAAUAAUUUACAUCAGGUAUCAUAGCACAAUCAUCCUCCUCAUUCUAACACCUUUUUACAGGUAUUUUGAUUGAUUCUAAGCGUCGAAAAGUACAUUAGUAGAGCAGUUUUUAGCUAGAACUUCAGCCACUGUCAAGUCGUUCCAACAUCGUUUAAUUGGAAUGUGAAAAGCUCUAAAAUGGAAGAGACAGUAGAAAAUACUCUCCCAGUGAAUGGAGAGAAAGAUUCCUCCGUCAAAUCGACAGCUGUUGUGAAGUAUUCAAAAGUCCAAGUACCUGCCACUUUUGCUCGUCUCCAGUGCAACACCGAUUUGAAAUUGCCACCCUCCAAUUGGUUGAGUAGCUCUGCCGAAUCUUAUGGACUUCAACAUGUACUCCCACAUCCAACUGGAUUCUCCAGUUUCCGAAUGGCACACAUGUUUCCUGAUUGUAUGGGUGAAGUGGAUGUUGUCUCUGAUGCAGAAAACAUCAAGAAAUUACUGAAGAUUCCCUACAGUAGUCAGCCUGUAAGCAUGAUGAUUCAUCGGGUUGAAAACACCUUGUUAAUUGAUGAAUUUGACAUCCAUAAACACUUAAUUCAACAAGCUGAAAACAACUGGGAGUGGCUGAAGAAAUUUUUUUUUGAGCACAUUCUCUCUUCUCUUAACUCUAAGGAUAAACAUAUCCCUGCAAAAAAUGCCAGUUUACAGUAUCUGCAACAGAAGAGUUUAGUAUCAAAAUUCCUGCAUUAUAGUUUAGCUGAUACAGGAACAGAUUCAGAAGCAUCUAACAAGAGUAAUGAAGAGGAUGCGAAGAAAAUCCAUGUGCCUCAAGUCACUUCUCAUUAUCCAUAUUUGCCUGAGCCACAAGAAGAGCUCCCCGAUCCAUCAACCAACCAUGACUUUUCCAGGAAUGUAAUUUGGACUUUCGAGAAUAUUCAGAUGCUUCUUGGAACUGACAUGCCUAUAUUUGGCGGCGGCACUCAUCCCUGCAUUAGUUUACGCUUAAGAGACUCUGCCAAACCAAUCAGUGUUUUAACAGGAAUCGAUUAUUGGCUGGACAAUCUGAUGUGUAAUGUUCCAGAGGUGGUCAUGUGUUAUCAUUUAGAUGGUAUCGUCCAAAAGUAUGAAAUUGUCAAGACGGAGGAUUUGCCAAACAUGGACAAUUGCCAAUUUUCGCCGGAACUCAUUCGAGAUGUAGCGCAGAACAUUCUUUCAUUUCUGAAAUCAAACGCAACAAAAGCAGGACAUACUUAUUGGCUUUUCAAAGGUAAAGGCGAGGAAGUGGUGAAAUUGUACGAUUUGUCCUCACUUUGCUCAGAAGAUUUAGAAGAAAAGGGCCAGAACCCAUUCACUAUCCCUGUAGCAAUGCUCUUGUACCGCGUUGCUCGCAACAUGAAGCACUCCACAAGAAAACCCACUUGCAAAGCUAGCACCAUAAGAAUGCUCUUAGAAAACAGUAUCACUCUUCUACCCAAAGAGAAGUAUCCUCAGAUUAUCACAUCAGCGCAUUACAUGCUGUCAGAUCUUUUCGUGCCAGCAAACACAGAUCCAACUGCCCCUGGUUUGGAAGAGGAAUCAAGUGAAGAUAGCAAUGAUCUAGAGGAUGAGAUGGACAAUCUUGAGGAAGCUUUUGAAAGCUUGAGCAACUCAGUACCAAUUCAAGCACUAUGUUCUUCAGCUAGCCUAACAGAAAGUAAAUACCAUCAACCUCCACCUUUAACGACAAAUAUUGAAGAAAGAUGCGAAAUGGCAUUGGUGAAUAUAUCCAAUGGUCUGGACUGCCUAAAAUUUUUUACACCAGAAGAAAAAGAGCCAAAGCAAGCAAAACCAUUUGAAGCCAUUCCAAUGCCCUAUUCAUCAUUAGAUAGUGAGACAAGUAACAGCAAUAAAUCCAGCAGAAAUAAUCCCAAAAAAAGCAAGAAAGGACGAAAGAAGGAGCUGCAGAAAGACAUGGUUGCAAGUGACGAAGAUGAAAGUGAAGGCUUGGAAGUAGAAGUUGAUGGGAAUGAGAAUACAAUUUUGAAAGCUCUUUUAUGUAAAACACACAAUGAAGCUGUCUCUGUCGGACAGCAACCACCUGUGAAAGACUCUCUGGCUUGGAGUGUGCACCUGAAAACACUCCUUGUAGAGAAAGCAUGCCUUGUCUAUGCUACGUUGGCGGAAGAAGAGUACAAUCUGAAAAGGUUUGGAAAGGCAUUGAAGCACUAUAAGUUUGUAAUGUACAUCCGGGCACUGGCAGCCAGCAGUGAUCAAAGCAAGGAGCUCAUCAGCUAUCUUCUCGGUCGUUGCGGGGAUUGCUAUUUUCAAAUCGCUCGAGACUGGAUGAGUAUAGAAAAAACCAGAGAAGACUUAAAGUCUUCUUCAAUGAUCGAUGAACGCAUCUGGAACCAAAUUAAAAAAGAUAGUCAAAUUUACAAGUACAAGGAAGAUCUCAAACUCAUUCCGGAUACGAUACCAGACUUUGGCGAAACCCUACUUCAGUGCUGUCAUUGUUAUGAACGAGCUUUGCAGCAUCAAAAAAUCCGGGCGCAAAGAAAUAUCUUGAAACGAAGACUGGGAAAUGUUCAUAAUGAACUAGGAGCUUUUUAUAUGAAUCAAGCUGAAGCAACUGUUCCUUUCAGCUCAGAAACCGUAAAGUCUUUGUUCAGAAAAUCUCAGGAAUAUCUAGACAAGGGGAUCAAACUCUUUGAAGCUGUAAAGGACGAUGUUAAUUUAGCUCUCCUCCACUCCAAUGAAGGCCGGUUAAUGCGCCUCAUAGCAUUAUAUCAUUCACAAGAUCAGGGUGCUUUUUCACCUAAAGAAAGACAUUUCUACAACAAGGCUUUAAGUAGUUAUCAAAAAGCCAUGGCUGUGAUAGGAUGUAGAUCCAAUAAUCCCAUGGUAUGGGAUACUGUCAACUGGGAGCUUUCAACUGCAUCUUUCACAUUGGCAUCAAUGGUUCAAGAUUAUUCAUCAGCAGCAAAUCAGAGCGUUGAAGAAAGUGAAAAAGAAGUUGCUGAACUGCUUCUAAAGGCUUUAAAAUACUGUGAUCUAGAAACAGAAACUGCACGUCUUCCAGUCUAUCAGUACAGAGCUGCUAAAAUCCAUUACAGACUAGCUUCACUUUACCACAGUAUAUAUAGGCAUGAUACGGAGAAUGAAAACAAGAAGAAACAUACUCUGCAAUUAUGUUAUCAUCAUUAUGAUAAAGCAUGUCAUCUCUUCCUCCAUUUGGAACACCCGUCAGAAUUUUUGAGAGUGAUACUAGAAAAUGUUGCCCUCAAUGAAUUCAUUGCUGCAAAUUCUAACAAAAGAGAAAAAAAACGGAAACUGUACCAAGAUUCGAUAAAGCUCUUUUCACAGUCAGCACCCAUUCUGGCACUCCUUUCGAGCAAAAUAACUCAAGAUGUUGUUAAAGCACCUACAUUAGGAGACGGAAGUGAAAAAAAUCAGUCUGUAAAAGAGCAAGAGAAGGAAGCUGAAGGCUGUAAGAAGGAAAACCUAGAUAUCGAAAGGAAAAAGGAGCGAGAUUUGGACAAAGAAGAAGAAGUUCAAACUAUCAAGUUACUCUCAUUGUUUGAACAGAGACUUCAAUUCAUCCUCCUUUCGCUGACAAAACUCUGCCGAAAUAACUCUCAAUCCAGGAUAUCCUGCAUGGCUCCUUUAUAUAAGAACAUCUAUAGCUUGACUUUGAAACGUUCAGAAAAUGAUUUGGUUCCUCAUCUUCUGCGCAUCGUCAAAAAGUUGCUCGCUCUCGAGAGCUAAAAUGCUCUUAUUGUUAUCUUUGUACUCUCGCCUAUUUUGUUGACGAGUAUGCAUUCUGUCUUGUUGAUAAAUAAAGGGUAAAUUAGAAUCCUUGUUCAACAGUACCUACAAAUAGAUUUUAAGUAGAUAUUGGAGAAAAUUUUGUUACGUUUGUUUGUAUUUUUAUUCGUAAGGCCUUUUAAGUAUGUGGGUAUUUCUCUUUAGUUUUCCUAUUCAUUUUGUGCAAAGUUCUAAAAUGAUUUAAAAUGAUUACAGCUAAAUAGUUUUUUAAACUUUUAAAAUGGCAGUUUCUUCUCUAUAAACCAUCUAAAAAUGCAUGUGUACUUAAAGGAGACAAUCCGGCAAAAAAUGAGUCGCACUUUACACCUAAACCUAACUUUGAGAAUUCUUUAGGUACCUAUGGACAUCAUAAUUACAUGUCCCAUUGCUGAUAUGCGUCUCCAUCCUCUUUUUGUCUUAAAGCAUUAAAACCGUAGAAAUUCAAUAGCUGAAAGGCCAAGGGCUCUUUGACAGCUUUCGUACCUAGGAUAACAGGAAAAUUAUGGAAAGCAGCCCAAUUGAUCUCUAAGAAUAAUUAUGUAAGACAAAAUAUGAGUUUUCAGGAGUUGGAGAGUAAGUAAUGAUGUGUUUGUUCGUACCUCUCAUGGAGAAAGAAACCGACAUCAGGAAGAGAGCCUAGAAAAGUGCAAGUUGAACUUCUUUUUUUUAUUUAUUCAUAAUUUUCAUUCCAGACUCAUCUAUUACACCCUUAUCAUUAAGCUUCCUCAGGUAAUUUAAGAACAUUCAUCCAUUUCCCUUCUCCGUGGCAACAUGCUAAUGGUGUAUUUUCCUCAGGAAAUACUCUAAAAACUGCAUGCCAAAAAUCACAUUUAAGACUUACAUGCUAAGGAUCAUAUUAAUAUUUAUUCUUUAGACAGCUUCUUUCAUUAAGGGGACCCUAUAUACAUUAAUUUACAUUGUGAUUAAGAUAGGUGUAGAAAGCCUUAAAUGUGGUAUUAUAAAUAUGACAGAUUUAACGGAACUCAAAAUUCAUCGGUUAGACUUCGGAAAUAGAUCCUUCCAAUGGGAUUCCAAUGAUUUGCCACUACAGAAGCACUUGCAAGGAAAGAUUUUAUUACUCAGACACAUUUUAAGGUAGGUAGGGAACCACCUUUAAAUCUACACAAUUGAGAACCUAUUUUCUUUCAUAUCUUAUAUUUUUUGCGGAGGUAAAUCAUCGUAACUCUUUGUAAGGAUCUACUUCCAAAGUCAACUGAUGAGUCUACUCGAACUGUGUUCAAACUUUCCUUUUUAUUAUGCUGCGCUGAGAGUCUCUUUAAGGUGAAUCCAGGCUUGGAACUUCGCGAUUUGGCCACCACGUCGCGCUGUUCAGAAUAGCCGUAUAUAUUUGCCAAAAUAAUAAAAACCGUAAUACUUAUUCAAGAUUGGGGAUCCAGGGGAUAUAGCAACAUACUUGAGGAACACUCAGUAAAAAAAUCUUCCCAAAAUCCCCAAAAAUAAAGUCGUAACUACGGUGGAAAGUAAUUCCCUUGCGGCAAUGGUCUGAGAGAGAGAGACAGAACAUGAGGGAUUCGGUUGCGCGCUCGGCCGCCGCUGCUGAGCUGGAAGUUUCAGCCGUACUUUCUCUGCGCUUGUAAUUCUAAUUGCCAAUAUUUUUGGCUCAAAAAAUCAAGAAAAAAAUAACCUACAUCUUGUGGAUCUGUUUUUUGUAAUUUGAACAAUAUUAUUUCAGUAAUCAUUGAAGGAAAGUAAAAUUCUCAGUGUUGACUGGUGGCGCUAUCUCUUAUCUUGAAUUAUCCCUAAUCGAACCCUGGAUUCACCUUAAUCCCUCUCAUCGACAAUGUAUUGAGGCCCUCAAAGAAAAGGAGCUAUGUAAAGAAUGACCAUACAUACGACCUCAGUAUCUAAGUCUUAAGUAGUUGUUGACUAGCAGUUUUCAGGAUGUUGCCAUGGAGAAAGAAAAUGGGCGAAUCUUCUUACGAUAAAGGAGCUGAAGAGUGAGAGCAUAACAGGUCCCCUGAGAUGAGUUUGGUAUGAAAAGUACAUAUUAAUAAUAAAGAAAAGUGACUUCAACUUUAACUUUUCACUUAACUUAACUUUAACUUUUCUAGGAUUCCUUCUUGAUUCCUGCUUUUUUCCUUUGAAAGAGAUAUGAAUAAGAAGGAAUCUAAAUUGUUUUACCCUAGAGAGCGGAUACCUCUCCUCUUUAUCAUUGACUCUUUCCCAUCAUCAGGGUAAAGGCUAUUUUAAUCCCAAGAAUUACCAGGUAUAGCCAAGAAUAACCAAUACCAGGUUUCAGUCCUGAAUUUUAAUGCCCAUUGUCAACUAGGCUUCUCCUUUGUUCCUUCACGCAAUAAAUAUUUAUAUCUUGGUUGCCCUUAGUGACUUCAUCCGUUCGAAGUUUUUUUCACAUGUGUUGAUAAAUGAUUAAAUUGUAUCAACAGUACUAUUUUGGUCGCGGAAGAUCAUCCCUCAAAUAUUUUGUAGUUCCUUUUUUAUCAUUAGUUGUAAGUCUGCAAUUGCAAUCAAGUUAUCUGAGAUUUUGUUCUUAACAAAAAUAUAUUUGUAAAAUUUUUCCCUUGCUUUUUGAUGCAUCAAUUUCUUAGGAAGGCCUCAGUCAAUUGGUGUGAAAUUAAAAGAAGGAGAACCAUCAAAAGCUCCUUUAUACCAAAGUAUUGCGAUUUUUUUAAUAUAAACUAAUCUAAAAUGUAUCUCAGGUGUUAUGAGACUGAAACUGUCUUUUUCUUUUCUUGAGGUAUGAAGUCUUAUUAUACAUAUAUGAAUUUAUUACGUACAACUUACAGAUUAUUUAGAAAAGAAGGAUUUCUCUGUAGUUGAACGAGGCUAAAUAGUUUGUGAGACUUGGCAGCAGUAACUAUCAUGGUCAAACUGGAAUUCCAUGUAUCGUACCUUUUUGAUUCAAAGAUUCUGAGUGUCAUUAAUUUUAAGAAAAACAGUAAUUCACCACAGCAAUGAUUCUCAUGAAUAUACCCACCAAAAAUGAUCUAUAAGUUUGGAAAAAAGCAAUACUGUCGAUUAAUCAAUCAUUUCUAAUAAAAUGAUAAAUGUUUCUAUCAAAUGAUAAAAAUACUUAUGGAAUUCUUUAACACCAAAAAUGAGUGACGAAAAGCAAGAUGAUCUGUCAUAAUCAUACCAGUUUUCUCAUACAAAACAAGUAAUACCUCUUGAAUUUUUUAGUGAAGUAGGUGCAAUACAGUGAACAUGGACUUGACCAUAACAGCUAAUUUGUUCUGAAUUCAUUCAAAGCAAUCAAAUAAGUCUGAAAUCGAAACACCUUGUACUUUCACAUUUUUAUACAGUGCUUCUUGUUCUUUUGAAUAUUCACCUCUCAGUGUGGAGCUUUUGCUAAUUCCUAUGUUUGUUUCUUUGUUUUUUGUCUUUAUCGAACCUGGAGGUACCCAGAAAACCCAAGACGAAAAGUUCAGAUUUCAUUCUCCUAUUUAAAGUUCAACAGUUUGUAGGACUGGAUGUCUUGUAUUCACAAAACUUUUAAUUCAACUCAUGGUUACUUAACAGAAUAAAAUUUUUUAAUUCAUCGUUAA